AUUGCCUAUACCCGAUCGGGUAUUUGCUUGAUUCGAUUGUCCAAAUCAAAUCCGGGAACAAAUGAUCGUGGGAGCAAAUUUUCGUAAAGAUUCGUCACAUACCCGAUCGGGUAUGCCCAGAAAAGUGAAUUUCUGGGAAAUUUCCUAAGAUACCCGGUCGGGUAUCCUAUAUACCCGGUCGGGUAUCAGACCCUGCAGCUCCCAAAAGCCUAUAAAUACACUCCUUUCCUUCACAAUAAGGGAACCAAUUCCCAUAUACUUCUAAGCUCAGUCUAGAAUAGUUCUUUCUUUAUAUUUUCAUCAUGUUUAGUCUCCAAAUGAGGAGCUAAACUCUUCCAUCUUGGUUUUGCUACUUUAAAGCUUAAUGAAUUUAUUAGGACUUUUCUGAGCUAAACAAGUCAAAGAUCAUCCAAGGGAUCAAGAUUGGACCUUAAAAGAUCAAGGAAAGUGCAAGGAGGCAAGAAAGAUUUCGAUCGGGUAUUUGCUUGAUUCGAUUGUCCAAAUCAAAUCCGGGAACAAAUGAUCGUGGGAGCAAAUUUUCGUAAAGAUUCGUCACAUACCCGGCCCGAUCGGGUAUGGCGACAUACCCGAUCGGGUAUGCCUAGAAAAGUGAAUUUCUGGGAAAUUUCCUAAGAUACCCGGUCAGGUAUCCUAUAUACCCGGUCAGGUAUCAGACCCUGCAGCUCCCAAAAGCCUAUAAAUACACUCCUUUCCUUCACAAUAAGGGAACCAAUUCCCAUAUACUUCUAAGCUCAGUCUAGAAUAGUUCUUUCUUUAUAUUUUCAUCAUGUUUAGUCUCCAAAUGAGGAGCUAAACUCUUCCAUCUUGGUUUUGCUACUUUGAAGCUUAAUGAAUUUAUCCCAUUAAUGGAGGAAAUUAAACAAGCAGUAUGGAGUCUAAACAAAGAUGGUGCUUCUGGUCCAGAUGGAUAUAAUGGAGUUUUUUUUAGAACCUGUUGGGAUAUUGUUGGUAUGGAUGUGGUUAGGGCAGUCCAAGAUUUUUUCAUUGGGAAUCACAUUCCUAAAGCUAUGGCUUGUAUUCUUAUUGUGUUGAUUCCUAAAGGGGAUAAGGUUUCUACCUUUGCUGAUUUUAGACCUAUCAGCCUAUCAAAUUUCAUCAGUAAGGUUUGUACUAGAGUUUUGGCCUCAAGACUGAGUGCUAUUCUUCCAAAGCUCAUUUCAGAGGAACAGGCUGGAUUUAUGACAGGAAGAGACAUUUCUGAUCAUAUUUUAGUGGCUCAAGAAAUGGUGAAUGCCUUAGAUAAGAAGGUCAGGGGCACUAAUUUGGUUGUCAAACUGGAUAUGGCCAAGGCCUUUGAUAGAUUGUCCUGGGUUUUUCUAGAAGCCAUUUUGUUUAAAUUUGGUUUUGCUGGGUCCUUUAUCAAAUUAAUUUUGGAUCAUCUUAAAGCUACACACUUCUCUGUGCUCAUUAAUGGCACCCCUUCUGGUUUUUUUAAACCCUCCAGAGGUGUUAAACAAGGUGACCCACUUUCACCUUUCUUAUUUACCCUUGCCUCAGAAGCCUUUUCUAGGGGGUUUAAAGCUCUUAUUGAUUCUUAUGCUAUAAAGCCCUUUUGGAUCGGACAAUAUGGUCAGCCUAUCUCUCACUUAUGCUUUGCAGAUGACAUUCUCAUUUUUUUAAAUGGGGAGGCUAGGUCAGUUCAGGUUUUUAAAAGAUUCCUUGGGUUAUAUCAAAGGGCAUCAGGACAGGCAAUUAACUUUAAUAAAAGUAAUUUUACCUGUGGCAAAACUUCUUUGGCCAGAAUUAGAAAGCUGGAAAGAUUAUUGGAAAUGAACAAAAUCAAUCUACCAAUGAGAUAUUUGGGGGCAGCCCUACACAAAGGAAAAAACAAAAUUAGAUUUUGUUCAGGAAUUAUCCAGGCUUUUGAUAAGAAGCUGACUUCUUGGAAGCAGAAGUGUUUGAAUAUGGGGGGGAGAGCUAUUUUAAUCAAAUAUGUCUUAAAUACUAUUCCUCAACAUACACUUGCAGUUGAUAUUCUUCCUAAGUCUGUGAUUAAGAUUUUAGAGAGGAAAAUGGCUACUUUUUUGUGGGGCUCAGCAAAUAACAAAAACAAAUAUCAUUGGAUCAACUGGCAGAAAGUUUGUCUUUCAAAUGAAGAAGGAGGGUUAGGGAUCAGAUCAAUCCAUGAUGUCCAGAAAGCACUUUCAUUGAAAUUAUGGUGGAAAUGGAAAUGCAAAAGUUCUUUGUGGGCUAAAUUCUGUCAUUCCAGAUACCCUAGAGGUCUUGAUAUAAUUCCUAAAUCAUAUGAUUCUACAAUAUGGAAACGUAUUUGUGAUAUUAAUGCUAUUGGGUUGGAGAAUAGUUAGGAAGGACCAAAUGGAAUGUGCUGGUUGCCAGAGAGUAAUGGUACCUUUACCUUGUCAUCUGCUUUUCAGAUUGUUAGAAGAAAAGGAGCUGUGACUUUUUCCUUCAAGCAUGCCUGGCAUAAGCAGCAAAAGAGUCAAAUUCAAAAUUUUCAAUGGAAGUUACUUCAUAGAAUACUUCCUUUUCCUGAUAAUUUGACUAGAUUCAGACUCUAUAUUUAUCCUUCAAUGUGCCCUAUGUGUAAACAGGAUAAUGGGUAUAUGGAUCAUAUUCUAUAUAAUUGCAGCUAUACAAGGUGUAUCUGGAAAUAUUUUAUGGGUAUUCUUGAAAUUCCUUACUAUCAGGAUACCAUGUAUGUAAGACAAAUUUUCAUUGCUUGGUGGAUGGAAGCGGGUUCUAGGAGUCUUAUGGACAUUUUCAGACACAAUAUGCCAGGUAUUAUCGCAUGGCAUAUCUGGAAAAUGUAUUCUCAGGUAAUUUGGGGGGAUCGGAAGAACAUUCCAACCCCUCACACUGUGAUUCAACAUAUUAGGUUUUUCACACAGGAAUGGUAUAUGGAAAAAUUGAGUAGACUGAAACUUAAAGGGGACCAUAAUCAUGUCCUUCUUGAGGAAGCUCUUAUACCUAACACUACUCUAUUCUUGUUACCUAAAAUUAGAGUGGUAAAGUGGAAGAUACCUGAGUUGAACUUUAAGCUGAACGUUGAUGCCUCGUAUGGAGAUGAUGGAGCUGCAGGCGGUGCGAUUUUGAGAAAUGGUGAAGGCGACUUCAUUUGCGCACUUCACUUUCCAAUUUCUGCUAGGUCGGCUUUGGAAGCAGAAACCGGUGCUAUCCUUGAAGCUGUGGAGUGGAUGCUCAAGAAGGGGUUUAAAGAGAUGGAGAUUGAAUCGGAUUGUAGUGGUGUGAUUGAUUUUUUUUGCAGGGAAUGGCUAUGCUCGCUACUUUUUGGAGGAGAGAAGAAGAGGGAUGGACAGCGUAAGGCUGACCUUCGGACAUAUUCUGAGGGAGGCGAACAGGCCAGCUCAUUUAUUUUCCAGAUUAAAACUUGAUGGUUUUACUAUUUUCAACAAUAUUAAUCAGGUUCCAAAUUAUCUUCGUAAGUCUAUUAUCGCUGAUAAACUCGGGCUCAGUUUUAUUAGAUACUAUUAAUUGUAAUUUUAUUGGGUUUGGUCUAGCCCCCCCAAUAAAUUUUAAUUUUCUUAUCUCUUUUGCUUCCUUGGCUUGUAUUUUGAAGAGGUAUGCCUCUUUUGGAGAGGUCUUGGUCUAGUCCCCCUCUCCUUUUGUAUCAUCUAUUUUUCUUAAUAAAAUC